AUGUCUAAGGCUUAUCGAAAAAAGGAUUUUGAAAAAUUGAUGGCUAAAGUGAAAAAAGUAGAUGUCAGAGUUAAGAAGUAUCUUGAAGAGGCUGGGUAUGAAAGGUGGUCUAGAUCUCAUGCAACCGUGAACAGGGGCAGAAUGAUGACUUCUAGUAUUGCGGAAUGUAUUAAUGGUUGCCUUGUCGAGGCACGACAACUACCUGUUUUGGACUUUUUGGAAGAAGCUAGAAUUCUAUUUAGUUCUUGGAACUGCAAAAAUAGAGAAAUAGCAUCUUAUACAAAGGAAACAUUAGGGAGAAAAUUUGAAGAGAUAUUGAUUAUAAACGCAUCAAAAUGUGCGAAAAUGAAGGUUGUUGCAUCUUCUAAAUUUAUUUUUUCAGUUUAUGAAGGUGGGAUAAGAUACAUUGUUUGCCUGGAGAGAAAGAAUUGUUCUUGUGGUAGAUUUCAAUAUGAUGAGAUACCUUAUGCGCACGCAAUGGCUGUUUUCAAGAAGAAGAAUAUUAAAGAUGUACACCCCUACUGCUCUGAUUACUAUAAACCUGAUGCAUUAGCAAAGACAUAUGCAGUUCAAAUGGAACCAAUGCCAGACAAAAGUGAUUGGACAGUUCCGGAAAGUGUUUUGGAAGAAGUUGUCUUGCCACCAAGAUACAAAAAAAUGUCUGGUAGACCAAGGAAAAAAAGGAAGAAAAAUGCAGAUGAAAAGCUAACCGCAAACACGAAUUGUUGUGGACAAUGUGGACAAGAAGGUCACAAUAGAAGAACAUGUACUUUCUUCCCAAAAGAUUCUUGA